AUGGUGACAACUGGAGAGCCAGUGGACAGCACGGAGAGACGGCAACCGGGGCACCCUAAAGAAAGAUACCCCCAGGGGUGCCCGAGAGGGGGGGAGGAUGAGCACCCCAAACGGACGGAUCUCCCGGCAGCAGACAUACGCGACGGAUUAUCGACUACGACAGCAACCUGUUUUUGCGGCAAGGUCUGUAAGAACCUGAGAGGCCUGAGGAUCCACCAGGCCAGGAUGGGCUGCACAAGGAGGAAGCAAGUUGAGCAACGCACAGAGCCAGCACCCAGUACUGACUCUGGUGAGACGGAGGAGGAGCAGGAACCGGAGUCACCCCACAGUGUCCAGAACCUCCAAGCUCAACAUGCUGCACCAAGCAAACCAUCUGAACAUCGCCGGGUCUUAUGGCCAUCCGCAAACAAGGAGACAGAGUGGCGCCAGUUUGACGAGGAUGUUGAUGCUACUCUAGAGUCAUCAUGCAGAGGGGAAGUAGACCAACGAUUGCAGUUAAUGAGCACAGUGAUCAUCAGCAUUGGUGCUGAGAGAUUUGGUACCAAACAACCAAAGACUCAGAACAUCGCCAGACCAAACCGGCGCGAGACUAAGAUGUCACAGCUCAGGAAAGAACUGAAGGCCCUAAGACAUCAGUACAAGAGUGCAAGUGAGGAGGAAAGACCAGCCCUGGCAGAACUCAGGGACAUCUUGAGGCAGAAGCUCAUCUCCCUCCGACGAGCUGAGUGGCACAGGAGAAGGGGCAGAGAAAGGGCACGCAAGCGCACAGCCUUCAUAGCUAAUCCCUUUGGAUUUACCAAGCAGCUGCUGGGGCAAAAACGGAGUGGGACCCUUACUUGCCCAGAAAAAGAGUUAAACCAGCACCUCAGUGACACAUACAGUGAUAACAGGAGAGAGGAGGAUCUGCCCCCCUGCAGAGGAAUAACCACACCACCAGAACCCUCCUUCCAGUUCAACAGCAAAGAGCCCUCCUUGGUAGAAGUCAGGAACAUCGUCCGAGCAGCACGGACAAGCGCAGCCCCAGGCCCAAGUGGAGUGCCGUAUAAAGUGUACAAGCACUGCCCAAGACUCCUGGAGAGGUUGUGGAGGCUCAUCAAGGUGGUAUGGCGGAGAGGGAAGGUCGCCAAGCAGUGGCGACAUGCAGAGGGCGUCUGGAUACCAAAGGAGGAAAAUGCAAGCAACAUCACGCAGUUCCGCACCAUCUCCCUGCUCAGCGUGGAGGGCAAAAUCUUUUUCAAAAUUCUCGCCAACCGGCUAACUGAGUACCUCCUGAGGAAUUCUUACAUAGACACCACGGUGCAGAAGGGAGGAAUUCCAGGCAUGCCAGGCUGUUUGGAACACACAGGGGUGGUCACCCAGCUGAUCCGGGAGGCAAGAGAAAGCAGAGGAAAUCUGGCAGUCCUUUGGCUUGACCUCGCCAAUGCCUACGGAUCCAUUCCACACAAACUGGUAACAACAGCUUUGACAACACACCACGUUCCAGAGAAGAUCACUGAACUCAUACAGGACUACUACAGCAGCUUCAGUCUGAGGUUCACCUCUGGGACAAUAACAUCGGCAUGGCACCGCCUUGAGAAGGGCAUCAUCACUGGUUGCACCAUAUCAGUGACGCUCUUUGCACUGGCGAUGAAUAUGCUUGUCAAGGCAGCAGAAGUGGAGUGUAGGGGCCCCCUGUCCAAAUCCGGCAUUCGCCAACCUCCGAUCCGAGCCUUCAUGGACGAUCUGACGGUCACAGCAACAUCAGUGACAGGGUGCAGGUGGCUUCUCCGGGGACUGGAAAGGAGCAUCAUUUGGGCGAGGAUGAUGUUCAAACCAGCCAAGUCCAGGUCCCUGGUCCUGAGGAAGGGGAAAGUUGAGGAUAAACACCGCUUCAACUUGAAUGGAGUCCCCAUUCCAUCAGUAUCGGAGAAGCCUGUAAAGAGCCUGGGGAAGAUCUUCGACAGCACUCUGAAAGACAAGGCAGCGGUGCAGUCAGCCAACGCAGAGUUGAAGACCUGGCUAUCAGUAGUGGACAAGUCGGGCCUCCCGGGGAAGUUCAAGGCAUGGAUAUACCAGCAUGGUAUCCUGCCGAGACUCCUGUGGCCACUACUGAUUUAUGAAGUCCCAGUAUCCAUUGUGGAGGGCUUCGAACGCAACAUCAGCCAGUACCUGCGCAGGUGGCUAGGCUUGCCAAAGAGUCUAAGCAGCAUCGCCCUGUAUGGGAAUACCAACAAGCUGCAACUCCCCUUUACUGGCCUGACCGAGGAGUUCAAAGUCACAAGAGCCAGAGAGGUGCUGCUGUACAGGGACUCAGCCGACACCAGAGUCUCCUCCGCAGGCAUCACGGUCAGAACGGGGAGGAAGUGGCGGGCGCAAGAGGCAGUUGACCAAGCUGAAGCAAGACUAAGGCAUGGCGUCUUAGUAGGGUCAGUGGCGGUUGGACGAGCUGGUCUUGGUAGCCACACAAGACCACGCUACGACAAGGCCCAGGGACGAGAGAGACGUCAGAUGGUGCAGGGAGAGAUCCGUGCAGAGGUGGAAGAGGAACGCCGAACCAGGACAGUGGCCAUGCGCCAGCAAGGAGCAUGGACCAAUUGGGACCAGGCAUCGGCACGGAAGAUCACCUGGUCAGAACUUUGGAAGUCGGAACCAGCUAGACUCAAGUUCCUGAUUCAGGCAGUGUACGAUGUGCUCCCAAGUCCAUCAAACCUUCAUUGCUGGGGGCUAGCAGAAACCCCAGCAUGCCCACUGUGCUCGGCAUGGGGUUCCCUGGAGCACAUCCUGAGCUGCUGCCCGAAAGCCCUGGGAGAGGGGAGAUACACGUGGCGCCAUGACCAGGUGCUGAAGGCAGUAGCAGACACCAUCUGCACCGGGAUUCAGCAGAGCAAGCACCAGCCCCCGGUUAGGCAAAACAUCACUUUCGUCAGGGCUGGGGAGAAACACCCGGCAGGACAUAAAGUCCCGACCGGACUGCUAGCCACAGCCCGUGACUGGAAGUUGCGAGUGGACCUCGGGAUGCAACUUAAGUUUCCAGAGCACAUAGCCAGGACGUCACUGAGGCCAGACCUGGUCUUAACAUCGGACGCCACAAAACAAGCGGUGCUGCUGGAACUUACAGUCCCCUGGGAAGACCGGAUGGAGGAGGCCCACGAGCGGAAGAAGGCCAAAUACCUGGAGCUGGUGGAGUUGUGCAGAGAGAGUGGCUGGAGGGCCCGCUGUGAGCCAGUAGAAGUGGGCUGCAGAGGCUUUCUAGGGCAGUCGUUGCAUCGAACACUCAAGCUCCUUGGCAUCAGAGGGCUGCAAGAAAGAAGGGCCACCAAAAACAUCAGCGAGGCGGCCGAAAAAGCCUCGAGGUGGCUGUGGAUCAAGAGGGGAGACACAUGGAGUAGCACGCUGCUUGGACACAAACCGGGGCCUGAUCACCCCCGGUUGGGUCGCCUAGGUGAGGGUGUCUGAAGAUCAAAGACCCGAAACACCCAAUGACCCUAGGUCCUUCACUGAGGAUGUGUCCAAGCCGCACCCUUGAGGUGUUUCAUCAAUCUCACAUGCAUACUAUAUGCAUAUACAUGACGAAUGAAAGAUCCAAAUUAACAUUUACAGUUACUUUU